AUGAUGAAGAAACGUACUUCACGUACAUCAACAAUGGCCAGAAGUCCUGCACCUGCGGUAUCAUUCACAGAAGAUUCUAGAACCUUUUCCCAAGAGCAACAUGAUCCACUUUUGGAUCACAAUUACCACAUUUAUGUCAGUCCACGUAAGCUGAAACGAAAGCUUGAUGAAGUAACUUCAGCACUUGUGGAAUCUAAACGACUUGUGAAGGUCUCUGGCCAAAAGUUGUCUCGGCUUCAACAGAAGUCCAAACCUCUCAAGGAUGUCAUUGACCAUUUACGAGAUGAACAGCGCUUGAGGGGGGAUAUCCUGGACAUCCUGGAGUCUAACUUCAGUGGGUGCACCCUGAAACUGCUCAAGAGGCAGAUGGGAAACAGAAAAGACACCUACUCUCCGACUCUUCGUGCCUUUGCUCUCACACUUAAUUUGUAUAGCAGGGAAGCGUAUGAGUAUGUGAGGAAGACCUUUGGGCUCUCCCUCCCUCAUACCCGCACUCUCAGUAGGUGGUACCAGCAUGUUGAUGGAGCCCCUGGUUUCACUGGGAGGAAGACUCCCAUCAUUGGCUUCCUCAUUGGGAUCCAGACUGUUGAGAAGAUCUUUGAUGAAUAUGUCAAACCACCAUCAUCACCAAUCCAUGCUCAUGAUGAAAGUGUUCUCCUGAUCAAGAGGAAGAAUAGAGGGGGAUUAGUAUGCCCAUCAUCAAGUGUUAUUAUAGUGUGCACUGUGACAGAGAAGUGCUUACGACAACUAGGAGUUUCCAGCCAAGGCUAUGCAUCAUCUUCACCAGAUCUGCUGCUGCGAUUGCAAACUCAAGUCAUGCGGAAGCUCAAUCCAGUUUCUCUCUUCCCAUCUCUCCAAGACCAUUUUCUUAAGAACCAUGCUCUUUCAAGUCACCUCUACAUGCUGGUGAAGAAGAUAGUGGAUAUUUAUCUGAAGGUACGACUCCAUCACAUUGGGAGGGAGACGACAGCUCACCUGCAAGGAUCUACCGCCUACCUCAUGCAUCCCAUGGUCAAAGCAAUAUGGCGUCCGGAGGACCGCACAGCCUCGCAGGUCCGCAAUGGCUGCGCCACCUCUAGAGACCUUCUAUACCUCAGUGGUGGAAACAUGGGCCUUGUGAACGGCCUGGUUCACAUGGUGUUGGGGCCACUGCCCCCGGGCGGAUGGAGAAAAAGGGGCUUCGACCGCUGCACGCGGCCAUGGAUAAGACCUCUCUUCCUCCGAGCAAGAAAAAUAUUGAAGAUGAAGCGGAUUGACCUGCCUUCGCUCCGAGGCAGGUAUGAUACUUUUCCUCCACCGGAGGCGAACCACUUUGAAGGUUUUCUUGUCAAGGAAGGGGGAGAAUAUCGGAGGACUAUCUUCCUUGUCAUCUUUGUUCCCCUUCGUUCCAGACUGCAUGUCUGCACAGAUGCCUGA